UAUAAAUAUAACUGAUGUAUGAUGCUCAGCCAAUACCUUCACACACAUCAAAGAAGUAAACUGUUGGAAUUUUUAAGUCCUCGUCAACAUUAUGAAGUCGAUAACUAGCUGCUUUUGCUUAUCGAAAGCUAAGCAAGCUUCAGGGUUCGAUAACCACGCAGUUCUUGCUUCUGAGACGGCUUUUAACAUGAACGAAGUAGAGGCGCUCCACUCCCUGUUUGAGCAACUGAGCAGUUCAAUUAUUGAUGAUGGCCGAAUUCACAAGGAAGAAUUCUUGCUUGCACUUUUCAAUUGCAGCAGCACCAAGAACAUCCUUGCAGAAAGGCUGUUUACUCUGUUUGAUCUAAAGAAAAAUGGGGUGAUAGAAUUUGGGGAGUUUGUUAGGACACUAAACAUCUUUCACCCAGAUACCCCACAACAAGAUAAAAUAGCAUUCGCAUUCAAUCUGUAUGAUCUCAGGCACACCGGAUUUAUAGAACGAGAAGAGUUGAAGGACAUGGUGCUAGCUACUCUCAGAGAAUCGGAAUUGUCACUUUCAGAAGAUGAUGUCGAAGCAAUAGUUGACAAGACACUUCAAGAGGCAGAUUUGAAUGGAGAUGGGAAAAUCGACCUAGAAGAGUGGAAACACUUGGUAGCCAAGUAUCCAUCCCUUACAAAGAACAUGACUCUACCGCAUCUAAGGGAGAUAACUCUAGCAUUUCCAAACUUUGUCAUGGAGACUGAAGUAGUUGACUCGGAACUGGUCUGUUGAAACCAUAAACCAAUUUCUUUAGAUAUUUUCAGCAGUUUCGCGGAAGAAAAGGACGAUUUUUCACUGGAGCAGCAGCAAUAUGUUGAAAUUUAAUGUAUAAUACUCUGUUUCUCAACACCAGGCUAUUGCAAAGUGUGAUUCAUGUUGUAAAGUGUAAACAAAACCAUUUUCAUUUCUCAAUGAAUUGUAAUUUGUAAUACAAAUGCUUUUUCUACUGCCUUUUCACAAUAGUUUGUUCUUC